AUGCCGCCCAAACAGUGGAUUGACAAGAAGAACGCGAGCACCUUCCAGCUCUUCCACCGGUCUCAAAAUGACCCGUUGAUUCACGAUACCGGUGCGGAUGACCGCGUCCUCCACCAGAUUUCUGGUCCCGCUCCCGCUCCAUCUUCAUCGAGAACUGCGACAAAGCCCUUGCGCAACCUCCACGAUCUUCAGUCCGAGUUUGGUGACAGUGCUCGCCAGAACGAGGGUGAGGCUGCUAAUUAUGGUAUUUACUAUGAUGACUCCAACUACGAUUACAUGCAGCAUUUGCGCGAGCUUGGAACCGGAAGCGGAGACACCUACUUUGUUGAAGCUAAGCAGGAGAAGCCCAAAGGCAAGGCCAACAAGGGAGUGAAGCUGGAGGAUGCGCUGCGACAGGUCUCUCUGGAUGACAGAGAAGGCGAUUCUCAGAGCGCUUUCGGUGGCCCCAGUCUCUACGGCUCUGAAUAUGGCGAUAUGCGCUCCACUGCAUCGUCAUAUGUUCGCAAACCGACCUACCAGGACCAGCAGAACGUUCCCGAUGCGAUUGCUGGAUUCAAGCCCGACAUGGACCCCCGCCUACGAGAGGCCCUGGAGGCGCUCGAGGAUGAGGCCUUUGUGCAGGAUGGCGAUGAUGAUGAUGUCUUUGGUGAAUUGACCGCCAAUGCGGAGGAGAUUGACGAGGGCGACUGGGAGGAUUCUCUCUUUGACCACGACGACGAAGAUGAAGGAUGGGAGUCGGAUGCCACCGAGAAGGCACCCGUGCAGAUGGAUAGCACAGAAGCCAUGGACGAGAAGCUUCCAGAGGCCACCGAUGCUAAUACUCUGGAGCCCGGCGAGAUGCCUGAGCACGAUCAACCAGCUCCGGAUAUCGCCCCAACCGACCAAGGGUGGAUGAACGAGUUCGCCAAGUUCAAGAAAGAUGCAAAGGCUGGCAAGGCCCCGGUACCCGCAGCACCCACAAUUGCACCCUCGCAAACAAUGGCAUCGACCGUAUUCACUGCCGGUGGUACACCAAUUCGGCGCAAGAAGCGCAAGGGUGCUCUGACCAACCCAUCCGCAUACUCGAUGACAUCUUCUGCUCUGGCUCGUACUGAGGGACACCGUCUUUUGGACGACCGAUUUGACAAGGUGGAGGCUCUCUAUGCUCUCGACGAGGAAGAUGAGUACGACGACAGCAUGUCCAUGGUCAGUGGAAUGACAGGCGCAACCGGCAUGACGGAUAUGUCCGCCGCAUCCGAGGCCCCCAGCUUGGUCGAUGCCAAUGGAAACGAGAUCCACAGCCGUAGCAACUUCAACAGCGUGAUGGACGACUUCCUUUCUAGCUGGGAUCCCAACACCAGUGCCCAGGCUAAGCGCACUGGUGCUAAGAACAAGCGUGGCAGGAACGGUAACGAGGCCAUUGGUAUCAGAAACCUCGACGAGGUACGUUCUGGCCUUGGCCCUGCUCGCUUCAGGAGCGGCAAAGUCCCCGGACGAGCUUAG